AUCUUCUCCAAUGUACCAAAACGAUAAGCCAAACAGAAUCUUCCAGAAGUUCCAGAAAAUACCCCAUUAAAUCUCCAACAUAUUUAUAACGCUCUUAUCCUCAAAGUACACAACAGAUUAAGAAAAAAAUUAAAAAAUACGCAGAGAAGUAGAAGAAAAAAAAAGGUGUAGAAAUGGCGCUUUUUGGUGAUCCUUUCAGACAAUUCUUAUUGAGUCCCACAAUUUACCGCAGCUCUUCUGGUUCUGCUGCUCUUCUGGAUUGGUUUGAAUCCCCUAAUUCUCAUAUCUUCAAAAUCAAUGUCCCAGGGUAUAACAAGAAGGACAUAAAGGUGCAAGUCGAAGAUGGGAAUGUACUAGUAGUGAAGGCGGAGGGUGGCGGCAAAAAGGACGAAUUCCACGGAAAAGAGGAGAUAGUGUGGCAUGGGGCGGAGAGAGGCGGAGGAAAGGGAGAUUUCUCAAGGGAAAUUGAGCUGCCAGAAGAUGUGAAGGUGGAUCAAAUCAAAGCUCAAGUUAAGAAUGGUGUUCUCACCAUUGUUGUACCAAAAGAUGCUACUCCAAAACCAUCUAAAGUUAGGAACAUAAAUAUUACCAGCAAGUUGUAAAAUCUUGGCUAUGGAACAAUGGAAAUAAGGAUGUGUUUUGUGUAGGUUGUGUUAUGGAAUUUGAUAAUGUAACAAAGUUGUUGUAGAACAAUCAAAGUUUUUGUAUCUAAGUUAAUGCAUUUCAAUUUCUAUCA